UUGAUGUUCGAUGUUGGACUCGUUGUCAUUAGUGUUUGUGGGUGCGCGAUGUGUGAGGAAUGCCUGAAAAGAGAGCCCGUCUGCGGCGCGUCCUGGGCAUACGCCGUAGCUCAAGCCUCCUCAUCCUCUACGUCGUGUUCUAUGUCGUCUACCUGGCAGCCGGCGGAGUCAUCUUCGCCUCGCUGGAGUCACCCAUCGAAAGGCAGACGAUGGAAAAUUUGAUACACGCCAAACGCGCGUUUCUUAAUAGGAAUCCGUGUGUAACAGAUGAAGACCUAGAAUCGUUGAUAGUGGAGGUGGUGACGGCGAGCAAUAGAGGUGUGUCAGCCAUGGGCAAUGUGACCAGUGAGCCCAACUGGAGUUUCGGACAAUCGCUCUUUUUCUCCAGCACUGUUGUCACAACCAUUGGUUACGGGCACGUGACGCCACUGUCGAAAGGCGGGAAGAUAUUCUGCAUGAUCUACGCAAUGCUGGGCAUACCACUGACGCUGGUUCUGCUGACGGCACUCGUCGAGCGUCUGAUGGUCCCCACCACUCUCUUCCUGCAGUUUCUCAAUAGUCGGCUCGGUCACCUCUAUCCUCCGUUCAACAUCCGCCUGCUGCAUCUCUCCCUCAUUGCCACCCUCGUCGUCACUCUGCUCUACCUCCUGCCGGCCGGCAUAUUCGCCUACCUCGAGCCUGAGUGGGACUACCUCGACUCCUUCUACUACUGCUUCAUAUCGCUGACGACCGUCGGCCUCGGAGACUACAUCCCCGGUGACUUCCCCAACCAGCCGUAUCGGCCGUUCUACAAGGUCGCUACAACAGGAUACUUGCUAAUCGGCCUGACAUUCACAAUGCUGACGUUGACAAUAUUCUACGACAUUCCGCAGCUGAACUUCGGUGUGCUGUUUCUGAUGCGAUCCGACGAGACGACGACCGAUCCGGAGAAAGUGCGCCUGCAAACGCCCGGCUCCAUCGGACCCAAAUACACGCAGCAGUUCAACGAGCACCUCAAGGGAGUCAAAAUCGAAACUCCAACUCCAGAGGACCAGACUCCAGUGCAUGCUAGACAUCAGUAGAUCCUGCAACAUAAUUUCCUUAGUUAAUACCUGUUGUUUGAUUGAUGAUAGUUUGAAAACUAAAUUGAUCAGAAAAGCAAAAUAUUAAGAAGGAAAUUAUUUUAUUUAUUGUGUAUAUUAUUCCGGUAUAUAUUUUGUGGUAUAACAUGUAGGAAUGAAAGCAUGAAUGAUUUCUCCUGCUACAUAAUUUCCUCAUCUACUGUUAUUUGAUUGAUAAUAGUUUGAAUACUAAAUUGGUCAGAAAAACAAAACAUUAGGAAGGAAACUAUUUUAUUUAUUGUGUAUAUUAUAUAUAUUUUGUGAUAAAACAUGUGGGAAUAAAAGCCUGAAUGAUUUCAUGCAAUUACUCCUAUUGACUUGCACUUGCAUUUAUAACAUUGAAUUCAUGCUUUCAUUCCGGCAAGUUAUCCUAUUCUUGGGAAGUGUUGUCUUGAAUACAAGCAGAAACGUCAUAAACAUACAAAAUAUAUUUACAGGUCAAAAGAUUUUUUUGUAAUAAGUUCUGUAGUAUGUAAUGUAAAUAGCCCAAAUAAACUUUUAAAACAGAAAAACCUGAGAUUUCAAAAAUUCUGUUGUACUUCCCCUCUCUAUAUCUGGCAAAAUUUCUUCCCUGGAAUACGUAGGAUUUCAAAUCAUUAUUUACACCACAUUGAUCGGCAUUUAUGAUCUUAAAUGUUCGUAUGAUACAAAUUAAUAGACGCUUUAUUUGUUCUCUAUAGGUUGUAUGGAAUGAGUUACUGAUAAAUAGAGAUACAGGAGUAAAAUACCCAUGAUUUUGUGAAAUACCUUUGGAGUUGGCCUACAAAUCUAGGCUGAAUUCAUCUAAGAAUUCAAGCGUUAAGAUCGAUAUAGUCCACUUGAUUAUAAAUGACUUCAAUGACAAUUUUCAUUGACUUGAAUAACAUCUUCAUCAAGAUUAUAAUAGCCUACUCUGUUAGAAUACAACCACAUAGAAAUCGCCCUUCAGAAAGUAUUCUGAGAAUACUGAUUAUAUCAACUGAAUGUGUCAUAUUAGGCAGAAUUCAAGAUGAAUUCUUUUUUUUGGAAAUAAAUGAUGUGCUGGGCACAUAAAAAAAUAAAAGUAUAAAAAUAUACAUAGACCUAAGUUGCAAAAUCUACUGAAUCCUCAAAAAUCUGUCAUAAAUAUAUUCUUUCUACAUAUAUCAGAGUAUCUUUCACAAUAAGGAAGAACAUCAUGCAAAAUUCAAGACUUCAAUGUUGAUAGGCAUAUUGAAGAAUUGCUAUGAAAUCUAAAAAUUUGCCAUAAUUUUCAUUCCAACACUGAUACUCUGAUGAAUAAUGAUAAUAUAUGCUGAUAGAAUCAAUAUUAUUUUUUUAAUGGAACUGUGUAUUUAAAUAGUAUUAAUACUGUAUAGUGAAUCUUCAAGUAAAUGUGUUGUGUACUUAGUAAGUUUCCAGAUUGUAUAAGAAAGAAUAUUGAAAAUGAAUUAAUGAACUUCCUUGAAAGCCGGUAAUGAUAACAAAUCAUUGUUCCAAAAUUAGAAGAAAUCUGUUACAGAUUAUGAAUUCUUCAGAUGGAUGAAUAAUCUUCUUGAUCAUGUAGUUACAUUUCAAAACACAUUCAUGUUUGCUUGAAAAAUCCUAAUAAAUAACUGGAAAUAAUUAAAUAUUCAUUUUUUAAAAAGCCUCCAGUCAGACAAAAGAGAGUUUUAAAGUGGGUAAUUGUUUUGUCAAUUUUGAUUGAAGCUUCACAGCUAAUUGAAACUGAUGAAUAAGAAUAAUAAGAAAGUAAUUCGACAACGUGAUGUAGCUAUGUAAUGUAUCAAACAAAAUGUAUGAGAUGCGAAAUAUAGAGAAGUUGCUGAUGGAAUGAAAUAUUGUACAUUAUUAUUAUUAGGUAUUUUGAUAGAAUAAGAAAUCACUCAAUAGACUAGUCUCGUAUAUCAACAUGGAAUAUUUCACAUGGCCAAGUCAUGAGGAAAAUUUCGAUGAUGGAUAGGUCUCGUAAAUAUCAAUUUUUCAACUCUCUACAAUGGAAUUUCCAGAUUUUUUCAAUUUAUUGUGAAUCAAUAAGUCACCCAAUUUCAAAGUCUUGUCAAGAAGCGAACUGAAAAAGUGCAAAAGAGCAUUUGAACAUUUUUAAUUUAUUUUAAAAUAUAUAAGAACUUAUCAUUUCAACCGUUCAACCAUUGACUGAAUUUUUAUUUUUAAAUCAAAUUCUAGAAUAAAAAAUAUUUUAUGUUUUUA